AUGUUUCAUUAUGAAGACGAACGAAUAUUUUAUUGUUCAAAUGAAGAUGAUGUUUAUACUGCCAUCGUGAUGAUCGAGAAAGGAAAUGUUCUUCCUGGUGGACAAGCGUGUAGUCCAUUUCCAUCGGAUAAAAUUGAGAAAAAAGCUUUGCAUUCAUCAACCUCGAAUUAUGUGUGUGACUUAAUGAUAAGUUAUUGUCGUCAAGAUAAAGAUCUUGUUCAUAUGAUUUAUUCCACAUUAAUUGCUGAUGGAUUCAAAGUUUGGGUUGAUUUUGAGAAUAUGUAUGGUUCAACAAUCGAGAGAAUGGCCGAAAAUUCACACUUUAUCCAUGUUUGCAUCUCGAAUCGAUAUGAAAUGAGUCCAUAUUGUAAAGUUGACGGGCAAUAUACUUAG